AUGUGCGAAACGGUCAGAGAUCCUGUUACAUGCUCCGUUGGUCGCUCAGUGCCAAGCACCGCUGCUCUGCCUGCCGCGCUAAACUUCGACGCCGCUGCCGGCGCCUUUCAAGGCGCUAUGAACAACUACGCUGCCGCGAGUAGAGCCGCUCUGCCUGCCGCGCCAAACUUCGACGCCGCUGCCGGCGCCACUCAAGGCGCUAUGACCAACUACGCUGCCGCGAGUAGAGCCGCUCUGACUGCCGCGCCUAACUUCGACGCCGCCGCCGGCGCCGCUCAAGGCGCCAUAACCAAUUCCGUUGCCGCGCGGGGCGCAGCUCUGCCUGACGCGCCAAAUUUUGGUGUCGCGACUGGCGCCGCUCAACCUGCU